AUGAACGAAAUUGACACAAAUGGAGUCCAGGCAGAAUCAGACUCAGAAAAACCUAAAAAGCCGCACAAAACCAAAGAUUCUGAGUUCGGACUGGUCAAACGUGAACUCCUCCGGCUCGUUUGGCUUUUGAGAGAUACGGACUGUAUACAAUAUAAGAAACCAAUAUGUAAUUAAAAGAAAAGAGCCAGCGUUUCACAUCAAUAAGAUAUCAUUAUGCACUAUAAGUAACUUAUAAUAAGGAGCAAAAAAAACAUUAAAUUUGACGGUAAAAAUUUUUUUUUUAUGUCUUAAUGAAAAAAGCUUGUUGGCUAUAUAAACUAUGAUACUGUUAAGUCUAUUAAAUAAGCAACUUAUAUGUACUAGAAAUAAGAUCUGACAGUUUCAUAUAAUAGCAAAAUUGAUGUUAUACCUUGUUUGCAAUUCCAUUCUGAAUAUAUUAAAAAAUCAAUAAACGCUUUUCUUAAUAAAAAAAUAAAUCAUUAUGUCACUAAAUUGGGUUUAAGUCAUCUCAGUAAAAAAACGAAUUUCAUCUCUUUUUCUCAAGAGAUAACGGCUUAUUAGGUGCUGCAAAAACCCGCUUAAAAAGACCGUUAUAUUUGCGCAAAAAUUAAUAUAAUUUCUGCACCGAUUUGCGUUGCAACACACAUUAAUAUAGUGAAACGAUGCUUUAUUUUGAUCCUUAUUUAUAUCAGAUUUUAUGUCUUAUAUAAGAGAAUUCAAUAUGAUCUAAUAUUUCGAAACUAUCAGCUCAUGAAAAUGUGAAAUCGUUUGCUCAGUGAAAAAAAAUUAAACAGAGCUCCUUAAAAUAGAAAUUUAUUUUUUAAAAAAAUAAAUUAAAAUUUUGUUAUUAAAUACUUUUAGAGCAAGCUUUGCUUAUUUAUUGCGCUUUUUUGUAUAAAUAAUAACAAUAUUUAAGGUAAAACCUUACUUAUCUCAGUUCUAAGUGUACCUCUUUCAGUGUCUAUUAAAGAUAUUAAAAUUAUUAAAAAAACUUAUAAAAACCUUUUUAAGGAAAUUGACCCAAAAAAUAUUGCAAAUUUUGGUCAUCGUUUUGAUAUAUUUUGAAAGAAUAUGUCUUGAAAACGGUUUUUUUAUAUAUUUUUAAUAAUUUUAAUAUCUUUAAUAGACACUGAAAGAGGUACACUUAGAACUGAGAUAAGUAAGGUUUUACCUUAAAUAUUGUUAUUAUUUAUACAAAAAAGCGCAAUAAAUAAGCAAAGCUUGCUCUAAAAGUAUAUUUAAUAACAAAAUUUUAAUUUAUUUUUUUAAAAAAAAAUAAAUUUCUAUUUAAGGAGCUCUGUUUAAUUUUUUUUUCACUGAGCAAACGAUUUCACAUUUUCAUGAGCUGAUAGUUUCGAAAUAUUAGAUCAUAUUGAAUUCUCUUAUAUAAGACAUAAAAUCUGAUAUAAAUAAGGAUCAAAAUAAAGCAUCGUUUCACUAUAUUAAUGUGUGUUGCAACGCAAAUCGGUGCAGAAAUUAUAUUAAUUUUUGCGCAAAUAUAACGGUCUUUUUAAGCGGGUUUUUGCAGCACCUAAUAAGCCGUUAUCUCUUGAGAAAAAGAGAUGGAUUUCGUUUUUUAUUUAACUAGAUGAACUUUGACUUAUAAACAUAACAAUUCCGUUUUUUUAUUGAAGCAAGCGUUUAUCGAAAAUUUUUUUAUUUUCAUUAGACUCUUGCAAAUUAUCUAGACCUUAGGUUGCAUUGAUGAAUUGCUGGUAUCGUCUAUUUUGCUUAGUUACUAGGUCUUUUUUAUUAAGGACUCAACUGUUUCCAUUUUUGUGGAGAUCUAGAAUCUUCUAUUUUUGUGAUAUAAAAAAAAAUUUUACAGUCAAAUUUAUGGUUUUUUUGCUCCUUGUUAUGAGUUACCUGAAGGACAUGAUGUUUUCUUAUUUAUAAGAGAUACUAACUCUUUUCUUUUUAAUUAAAUAUUGGUUCUUCAUUUUAUGGACAUCCCGUAUCUCUCAAAAGCCAAACGAGCCAACUCCUCCAUACUCUCAAACUUAAACACAGCCAACGUAAACUAAUUGUGAGUAGCAUUCCUUUAGAUUCCACUGAAGCUGAGCUUCAGAAUUUAUUUAACACAGCUUUAGAAACUUUAUAAUCCCUAAACCAGUGUAUUUUCCUAUUUAUCAUGCAAUUACAUUUUUUUUUUGAAAAAUUAUUAUUAUUCUUAUUAAGAGGAUAUACCCAGGAACUCCGCCUAUCUCCUCUGUAACUUUAUCAGAAGAUAAAACCCAUGCAAUCUUAGAAUUCAAAACAAAAGAUCAGCUUACCAAUUGCCUUUUAUUAGAUGGAAUUGAAUUCCGAGGCAGAAGACUUAAGCUAAUGAAGCAUAAAGCGUAUCUUAGCCAUAGGGUCAUGGAGAUGAAAAAAGAGAUCCGAGACAAAGAAAAACAAGAAAAAGAAACAGAAGAAAUCAUGAAUUGCACAAUUUUCCCGAACCAUGAUAAUAGAAUUUUUAUGGGAAAUCUGCCUACGAAUUUACCUGAAGAAGAUGUAAGAUUAAUGGUAGAAAGUUUUGGAAAGUUAA